CUUUUACAUGUAGGCGCCCAGAAUGGAGUAAGCGAGAUCCGCGAAGCGGAGGGGAGAAAGAGUUUCGGGCUGGAGGAGGGCGAGGGAGGGAAGCAGGCGGGCAAGCCAGCCGGCCAAGCCAAGCCAACGAGCGAGCAAGCGGUGGUUCUUUCUCAAGGCAGGACCUCGUCGGAGGAAGCCAGAGAAAGCAACGCAAGAAUGCCCUAAGGGCAGGGGGUUGGUGCCGCGCUGCCGUAGUCGGUGAAGACGAAGCGCCAAGUGCCUCUGGAAGCUGCCCAUCGUCCGCUGCCGCGCGUCGCGACCGAGCUUGUCAAUGGAGCUGGAGAAUAUAGUGGCCAAUACGGUUUUGCUCAAAGCCAGAGAAGGAGGUGGAGGAAAGCGCAAAGGUAAAAGCAAAAAAUGGAAGGAAAUCCUGAAGUUUCCUCAUAUUAGCCAGUGUGAAGAUCUUCGAAGGACAAUAGAGAGAGAUUAUUACAGUUUAUGUGACAAGCAACCAAUAGGAAGAUUUCUCUUUCGGCAGUUCUGCGAGACUCGCCUGGAGCUGGAAUGCUGUAUUAAGUUUCUUGAUUCGGUGGCAGAAUAUGAAGUACUUCCAGAUGAAAAAUUGGGAGAGAAAGGCAAAGAAAUUGUGAUGAAAUACCUCAUCCCAGGGUCUCCAGUUUAUGUAGCAGAAGCCAGUCAAGAUCUUGUACAGCAGAUAAAAGAAAAACUUGAAAAUAGCCCAUGUAAAGAGCUGUUCUCACCCUGUGUAAAGUCGGUUCAUGAGUACCUAAGUGGAGAACCUUUUCAAGAAUACUCAGACAGCAUGUAUUUUGAUAGAUUUCUCCAAUGGAAAUGGCUAGAAAGACAACCAGUAACAAAAAACACAUUUAGGCAAUACAGGGUAUUAGGAAAAGGUGGCUUUGGAGAGGUAUGUGCCUGCCAAGUACGAGCAACUGGGAAAAUGUAUGCAUGCAAAAGAUUAGAGAAAAAAAGAAUAAAGAAGAGGAAAGGUGAAUCCAUGGCCCUAAAUGAAAAGCAGAUUCUAGAAAAAGUCAAUAGUCAGUUUGUAGUCAAUCUAGCCUAUGCCUAUGAAACAAAGGAUGCCCUCUGCCUGGUUCUAACCAUCAUGAAUGGGGGAGACCUGAAAUUCCAUAUCUACAAUAUGGGAAACCCAGGCUUUGAAGAAGAAAGAGCUUUGUUUUAUGCUGCAGAGAUUCUUUGUGGCUUAGAAGACCUACACAGGGAAAACACUGUGUACAGGGAUUUGAAGCCAGAAAAUAUCCUGUUAGAUGAUUAUGGCCACAUCAGAAUAUCUGAUUUGGGACUAGCUGUUAAAAUUCCUGAGGGUGACUCUAUCCGUGGACGAGUAGGAACAGUUGGUUAUAUGGCUCCAGAAGUCUUGAAUAACCAGCGAUAUACCUUUAGUCCUGAUUACUGGGGAUUAGGCUGCUUAAUCUAUGAAAUGAUUGCAGGACAGUCACCCUUUCGAGGAAGGAAAGAGAAGGUGAAGCGAGAAGAAGUAGACAGGAGAGUCUUGGAGAUGGAAGAGGUGUAUUCCCAUAAAUUCUCUGAAGAAGCAAAAUCUAUCUGCAAAAUGCUACUGAACAAAGAUGUGAAACAGAGGCUGGGAUGUCAGGGCGGUGCAGCUGAAGUCAAGAGUCACCCGUUUUUCAAGAGCAUGAAUUUCAAACGUCUCCAAGCAGGAAUGCUGGAGCCCCCUUUCAUCCCUGACCCAAGAGCAGUGUACUGCAAAGAUGUGUUGGAUAUUGAGCAGUUUUCCACUGUCAAGGGAGUGAACCUGGACCAAACAGAUGAUGAUUUCUAUUCCAAGUUUUCUACAGGUUCUGUAUCUAUCCCAUGGCAAAAUGAGAUGAUGGAAACAGAAUGUUUUAAAGAACUAAACUUAUUUGGACCAAAUGGUACUAUCUCACCAGACCUUAACAAAAACUAUCCUCCAGAACCACCGAAGAAAGGAUUGCUGCAUCGAAUAUUUAAACGUCAGCAUCAGAACAAUUCCAAGAGCGCUCCAAACUCAAAGGCCAAUUUAAAUCAUCACAUAAAUUCCAAUCAUGUCAGUUCAAACUCUACUGGGAGCAGUUAGCUUUUUCUGGCUUAUGGAUAUUACAUCCUUCCACUGAUAGAGUAUCAAGCAUCAAGAAUGAGAAGAGCACCCACCAUCGAGCUAGAAGAUCAACAAUUUCUAACCAUGGAAGGUUUUUUCCCUCCUGUCUGUUCCUUCUAGGGAAGCUUCCCAUUUUAUGAAGAUAUUUACUCUCAGGUCUGUUUUUAGGGGUGGAACUUGAGGUCUUAUGACUGAACAUUGUAUCAUACUGCAAUAGAAAUUGGAAGCUGACAACUUGCACGUAUUUAAAAUUGCAUCCUAACUAGAACUGAACUUCGUCCUUAUUAUUUUUAAAGAAAAGGUUUUGUAAAUUUCUCUAUUGUCUCAGUUUACAUUUUGUACAUUUGUAUUUAAAUGAAAGUCAAACUUGGGGUUGUAUAUUUUCUGAGCAGCAGCUUGUAAAGCCAUGUGUUUUAAGACCUUUUUAGUGUUUUUUUUUUAAGAAAAAGUGAUCAAUACUUCCAGUCUCAAAUGAGAGAGGUUGUUUUUUGUUUUGUAAAUAUAGAAAAUUGUACAUAUGUUCCUUUUUCCUAUUGCUUCAGUUGAUACUUUUUUUAUAACUAACUUCACUUUUGUGUUUUGUUUUGUUUUUUGUUAACAGCAACACUGCAGACUAGUGUCUUCCCUCCCCCCUGUUUUGUUAAAAGCCUUGUAUCUAAUCAACUUAGACCUACAAAGUUUGCUCACUCUAGAGAGGCUAAAAGGCUAUGUCUGAAGUUCAUGACAUCAUGGGACCAUUGUUGCUAUUUGCACUUUUUUUUGUAGCUCUUACAUUCGUUGCUGAAAAAUCAAAUCCUGUUUAAAAUCUCACAUUUUUUUUUCUUCCCUGGGCUGAAAUUCUAUAACUAUUGCUAGAAAAAAGCAAAAAGUGAGCACAUGUGAAGUUGGACCCUGGUAGCUCCCUUCAAGAAGACAAUAAGAUAGUUCUUCAUUAUGUUAUCUCGUGGUUUCACCUUUAAUUGGGCUUGCACAGUUCAUGGAGAAAUGGCUCUUAAAUGUACACUGGAUUUGCAGAAAUGCCCAUUUGAUUCCUGAGUCAACAUCUGUUUGCUAGUGUAUUUGCUGCAUCCCAGAACAAGAGUGUAAUUGGUGCAAUUGGUGUAGUCUGUAUGCCAGCUGGUGCUUCCCAAUACUCCUGCUCUCGUGGAUGUAGCUUCUUGUGCUCUAGCUUCCAUUUACGAUAUGGCAACAAUGAAGGGAGUUGAAUACCAGGAAGCUGAGCUCUUAAUCGGAGCUUCUGUAUGUAAUGUUUUUUUAUCUGUCCACUUUCCAUUGUUCCAAGAACUUUUGAGAUACCAGGAAUGUGAAAAAAGAUGUAAUAGUUAGAGCUUCUUUAAACAUCUUGGCCACUUUCUGGUUGUAAGAUAUGACUAAAUUGCAUGGAUUAUCUUUCCCUGAUUGGGGAAGUCAAACUUUGGACAUUUAUUUAUGAAGAAGGAAGAGGCAAUUUCUCGUUUGGACUUAAUUCAUAAAUAAUCUCUUUUUUAAAUAAUAGUUUGCAGUAUGAUAGAAAGAAGUGUCAAUUUUACCUUUAAUCUCUUGAAUUUAAGGAAAAUUUAAGAGCUUUAAACUGCAGAAAUGGAGGUUACAUAAAUGCCAAUUUUCACCAUCUACAUCCAGAAUACUACAACCAGUACCAUGUUUCCCUGAAAAUAAGAUCCUGUCUUUCAUUUUUUUGAAGCCUGAAAUAAGCGCUUGGCCUUAUUGCCAUGUGCUCAAAAGCCCGAUUGGACUUAUUAUCAGGGGAUGUCUUAUUUUGGGGGAAACAGUGUAGUAUCCCACACCAAUUUUAAAAGGUGGGAUUUCGGAUGGUUUAAUGUUUCUUCUUUCUUAGUAGAGGAAGAUAGAAUUUCAAAUGAUCAGUAAUUUUGAGUAUUUCAAACACUCAAUAAUUGUGAAAGAGAUUUAUCUCAUGUGAAUAUUUGAAUCCAUUUGAAAUGUCUAUAUCUCUUUUUAAAUCAGAGAGACAUGGAUCCUUCCCCAGUAAACAGGCUAUGUUUAAACAAAUAUUUAUGAAAUAUAAUUGUGGAUUGUAAUAUACUUGCUUUCUGCAGGUGAUAGUAUUUCAAAGGUGGGAGCCUGUUUCCAAGGUUUUGGUCUCUUAACAUAUUUUUACAGGAUAAA